AUAGCAUCUUGGGAGCCAGGUAGCUUUAUUCUGUCAUUUCAGACCACUUGCUCUCGUAUAAAUGAAUUGGGGGUUCAGUGGCAUGUUCUCGAAUGCAGGUAAUCCGACUUGCCAUUGAAGGGCUUACUACGCUAAUAGAUCGUAGAACUCGAUGAUUUCAAAGUUUAAACCUUAUGGUAUUGACAAACAGAUCUAAUUCAUGAUGAUUGAUACGAGAAUUUUUCAUCUCACUUUUCUUAUCACGUGACUACGUGAUAUGAGCUAGUCCUAUUCUAAUGUGCUGCGCCGCUGAAUGUCAGCUCUCGGAGAUCGCACACGUGUUUGUCUCGAAAUCUUCGUUCCCGUAUUUUGCGAAUAUCAUCUUAUAUAGUAUCAACAAUAUGAACUUACCAAUAUGUAUCAACGGUGUGCAUACGAGGCAUGAGGAACUCUGGUCCCUGAUUCAUAACCUUAGAAACAAAAGGUUACAGCCAAUCUUCCCCCGGCCGAUGCGAAAACGAGAAAGACUUUACGUAGGUCUAAUCCGAGCAAAUUGGCAAAUAUAUCUACGCCACAUACGAUCCCUCAAGUCAAAGGAUCUUAAAAACAUUGUGUCAUUGAAGCGCUUUUCACAACUUCCUGCUGAAAUUCAGGAUCUGAUCUGGGAAUUCUCAUUACCUGGACCUCGAAUUUUGUAUCUCCCGCUAGAUGCUCGAAACAGAUUCGACAUUGACGGACAAUAUCUCCCUUCAUCUUUCGAUUUUGCCAAGUAUUAUAACCCUCCCAACCCGAGUGCUUUAAGGACUUGUCGGGCUUCUCGAGCCGUGGCUCUGAAACGAUAUCGAAUCAUCCCCGGACCGCCUUCCAGAUUAGUGUAUGCCGACUUUCCGGGUGGGGAUAUCAUCUACCUUGAUGGGAAUAACUUCAAGUUAUUCAAUGGUUGGGAGUGGCGUUCCUCUGUCAGUGAAACCUCUAUGAAUAAGGACAUAGUGGAAAGGGUUGCCUUGUGUGUAGAUGCCAUCAACACCCAUUAUUUGGAAAUUGAUAAGUCUCUUCAAAAACUUACCAACAUCAAACAAAUACUAGUUGAUUAUUCCAAAAGGUCGUUCAAUGGUGACCGAUGGUCGCAUGGCCCUGGAAUCAUACGCGUUGAAGACUUAUCUGAAUAUGAUGAAUCAAACAGACGUCGCCGAGAAGCUGAGUGGACAAGGAGAUGGGUAAGGACUGAAAAUGAUAUUGCCAAAGGGCUUCGACAAUCUAAGCUGAUAUCUACAUCGAUUACGCCCAAUGUUUCAAAAGUCGAUUGGAUGGUAGAUCUCGCUGAGUUUGAUGUGAGUUCACUUUUCGUCACCAUUUCCCAGCUUAACACUAACUUUGUGAUAGGAAACUAUUCCUUUACUCAAGAAAUUUCGAGUGAAAUUGCCAAUAAGUGAGCCGUCGAGGGUCACUAGUGAAACGAGAGCGGAACGAUAUGAACGAAGAGUCAAUCGGAAAGAUUCGAUGGUGAAUGCGUGACGAGAUCGCAACACAUGGAGGAGUUUACGAGCAACAAGGGUCACACUCAGAUAAGCUGAGAGAUCCCUUUGUCGAGAACCUGAUUCCCUGGAGGUGAACCAUGAUUUAAUGGUGUUUUUCGGUGUUUCUUCUCAAGAAUGUGUGAUGGACACGGACAGUAAUGAUUUAAUAGCAAAGUUCGCACCAUCGUCAUGGUCUUGAAUGCCCGGUGGUAGUUCUGGGUUUCAUCAUUAUCUAUAAUUUUAGUGGAUACAUACCUGGUCAAGUAUUCAAGACUUACAGUACUAUCUUUCUUUCUCUGAGGAAGUUUGUGAAUGUUUAACACUUCGAUAUUAGGAUAUUUGCUGUGUCCAGAAGCGGCGGACUGUUAAAUUACCCGUGGUCUUGUUGCCCGUGGUGGAGAAGGACAAGAAAGGAGUGAUAUGGAAAGAGCAGUAGGGGAAUUCAAGCAUCAUCACAUCUAAGUUGCUAAACGAUACACUUGAGGAUGUUAUGUUCGCUAGUGGAUAUGCCGCUCGUAAAAAUUCUGAUGUGGAAAAUUAGAUUUUUGUCCUUCAUGCGCGAUAUCUUUA